AUGGUCAGGUCGCCUGGACCUUUUGCUAAGUUUGGAUAUAAGUGUAACCCGUUACCGCUUCAUCUUGAUCGACUGACUGUCAGAACCUAUGGUAUGGAUGAAGAACUUCUGAAGAGAGAACUGAAAACCACAACAUUGAAGCCAUUUGGAAGUGGUGGUCGUGGCUGCAUCAGCAAUGGACAAGGAUAUGAAACUGACCAAGGCAGAGUGUUUAUUAAAGUCAACAACGAAUCACAGGCUCGUCGUAUGUUUGAUGGAGAAGCUGCUAGUUUGGAGGCUAUGUACACAGCUGCUGAAGUCAAAGUACCCAAACCAAUCAAGGUUUUUGAUAUUCCAGGCGGUGGAGCAGCCAUAGCCAUGGAGUACCUCGAUUUGUCAGGCAGUCUCUCAAGACACGCUGGUCUUCUGGGUCAGCAGCUUGCGAGACUCCAUCAAAAGAAUGAGAAGGUUGGUGAAGAGUUCAAAAAGAAAGACAGUUCGGUACACAGAGGAUCCGUAGACCUGAAAUACAUCGACAGAUUUGGGUUUGACGUGGAAACCUACUUAGGGUACUAUCCCCAGGACAAUACCUGGAACGACGACUGGGUGAAGUUUUAUGCUCGGAAGAUUGAACAGCAGCUCGAGUUUGUGAAAGGUGAUCGAGAAGCUGAGGAUCUGUGGUCGCAGAUUUUGCCCAGACUGGACUCGUUCUUUAAAGAUGUUAAUGUUAAACCAGCCUUACUUCAUGGAGAUCUGUGGUUGGGUAAUGCUAAAGCGGACAAAUUAGGUCCUGUGAUAUAUGACCCUGCCAGUUUCUAUGGGCACUCAGAGUAUGACUUGUCUUCAGCCAACAUGUUUGGAGGAUUCAGUUCGGCUUUCUUCCAGGCCUACUUCCAGGUGAUACCAAAGUCUCCGGGAUACGAAAUACGACAGCAGCUCUACGAGGUGUUUAAUUACUUGAACCACUGGAACCAUUUUGGUGGUGGCUACAGAGACUCAUCAAUAUCUACAAUGAAAGGACUUCUGAAAAAUACAAAGAUCUAGCUCUUCUUGACAUUUGCGGAUUAGUUUUUAUACUCUAUACUUUUUUUUUUGCAAAAUCUGUAUAAAGCUUUAUGAUGGUCCAUUCAAGCAAGCUUUCUGAGCAGUUCUCCAGUGAAAUUACAGCUAUAUUGAAAAGAAAAAGGAUUAUCUCCCAGAUUCUCAGUUUUAGAGACACAGAAUGUCUUAUCUAACUGUUUUAUGUUAAUCAGAUAUUGUUCCUUCCUUGCCAAAUGGCAUGGAUGACUUUCUGAAGAUCUCUCAGUUUAAGUGAAAGUGAUACUAGUCAGGUUUCCAAAAGAAAAUGAAAUGACCAAUGUAGAAAAUAAAAGAGAGCGAACGAGACCAUCAGGGAGAGAGAGGGUGUGUCUGGCCAUUUGCUCCUAAUAUAUGUCAUUGCUAAAUAAAACGAUUACUUUAUUAAUCAC